UUCCACACAUUCCGAAGAUCAAAUUGCCUAAACGUUAUGGAAUUUCAAUCCAAAUCCCCCGAAAAGCUACCUCCCAACACCCAUCCAUGGCUACUUCUUCUCUACCCACCAAAUCCCUUCCGCCAUUUUCCCCCACUUCAAGCUUUUCACCUUCUUCUCCUUCAACCCACUUCACUAAACCGCUUUUUCUAGCCCCACCAGACAUUUCUCUCUCCACUUCUUCCUCAUCCUCCUCAAAACUUCUAAUCCCCAGUUCCAAGAAGAAUCAAUGGCUCGACCCUUUCGACGACGGGGAUGAUCCGGAGAUGGAAUACGGCUCUCUCUUCGCUGAUGGGAAGCAGGAAGAGGACCCUAGGCCGCCGGACAAUCCCAACAAUCCAUAUGGGUUCUUGAAAUUUCCUCAGGGUUAUAUGGUGGAAAUCGCUUCUCUGGGCCUCAAGCUCCGGGGAGAUGUGCGGCGGUGCUGCUGUGUGAUGUCCGGCGGCGUCUAUGAGAACCUUCUGUUCUUUCCGGCGAUUCAAUUGCUUAAGGAUCGGUACCCUGGUGUUCAAAUUGAUGUGGUGGCUUCGGCGAGGGGCAAACAGACUUAUGAAUUGAAUAAGAAUGUGCGAUGGUCUAAUGUAUAUGAUCCGGAUGAUUAUUUUCCUGAACCAGCGGAGUAUACUGACAUGGUUGGAUUGCUCAAGGGUAGGUACUAUGACAUGGUCUUGUCAACCAAGCUAGCAGGGCUUGGGCAUGCUGUAUUUUUGUUUAUGACUACAGCCAGAGACAGAGUGAGCUACAUUUACCCAGAUGUGAAUGCUGCUGGAGCAGGGCUUUUCUUGUCUGAAACAUUUAAGCCAGAUAGCUCUAAUCUUUCUGAGGGAGGGUUCAACAUGUAUCAUCAAAUGGUUGAUUGGUUAGGGAGGCCAUUCCGCAGCGUUCCCAGGCAUCCUGUUCCUCCACUUAAAGUUUCAAUUUCAAGAAAAUUGAAGGAGGUUGUGGCGGAAAAAUAUAAGAAAGCAGGUGCUGAGAAAGGAAAAUAUAUUGUGAUUCAUGGAAUAGAAUCAGAUUCAAAAGCCUCAAUGCAGUCCAAAGGUGAUACUGAUAGCUUGCUACCCAUUCAAGCCUGGGCAGAAAUAGCCAAUGCUGUUAGGGGAUUCAAGCCAGUUUUUGUCAUUCCACAUGAAAAGGAAAGGGAAAAUGUUGAGGAGGAGGUCGGAGAUGAUGCAAGUAUCGUAUUUAUCACGACCCCAGGACAGCUAGCUGCUCUCAUUAACGACUCGGCCGGUGUAAUAGCUACCAACACAGCUGCUGUCCAACUCGCCAUUGCUCGAGAAAAACCAAGCAUUGCCUUGUUUUGCUCUGAAGAGAAAGCAAAAUUAUUUGUUCCCGAUGCCGAAGCAAAGAGAUGUAUCACAGUUUCAUCAGCAACAGGACGACUAACCGACAUCGAUCUGGGAACAGUUAAAAAGGCCAUACAGAGUUUUGAAGUGCCUCUAGCUCUUGCUUUUCAAUGACAUUAUAGAUAUUUCUUACCCUAUUUCUGCUUAUCAUCUUGAUAUUCUUUCAUUUUGUUUCACCUUUGUUACCAUCAGUUGUAAAUCAAAGCAUUGGCAAUGAAGAAGAGUAAUUGUAUAUUUUC